GUAUACAGUUGUGUACAUCAUUCUUUCUACACUUUCUUUUCUUUAAUUAUUAUUAAAAUAAUACUAGGCCGAUAAUAAUAAUAAUAAUAAUAAACAGAUUUUAUUAUCUAAAUCUAUUUAAUUUAUUAGUACAAUAAUUUCUAAAAUAUGUUGAAUUUUAUAAGUAUAUAAGAAAGUGUACACACACAAAACAAGACCAACCAGAGGCAGCCACAUAUAGCUUGAAGACAGUAAUAGCAGCAGCCUUCUUCUGUGACUUAUUUUCUGAGGCCUUUGUCUGCCUUCAAUGGCUUCUUUUGUUGGUAAAACAAAGCUCUUCACCAUUUUGGUGUUAUGGUUAUCCAUCUUAGUCUCCUUGGCUCAAGGAAAAGAAAGGUGGUACUAUGAAUUCAAAUACCCAUUUAUCAAAAGAGCAAGCAGUUUCUCAUCCCAAUCAUCGUCGUUUGCAUCGAAAGGAAACGACAAUCGUUUUGAUUACAUAAUAGUGGGAGGUGGGACAACAGGGUGUCCGUUGGCUGCAACUCUAUCACAAAACUUCAGUGUGUUGGUACUUGAAAGAGGAGGAGUUCCUUUCUCCAAUGCAAAUGUGUCAUUUUUACGAAACUUCCACAUUGCCUUGGCUGACACCUCUCCUUCCUCUGCUUCCCAAGCCUUUGUUUCCACUGAUGGAGUCAUUAAUGCCAGAGCCAGAGUAUUGGGCGGUGGUACUAGCAUCAAUGCUGGCUUCUACACUAGAGCAAGUUCAAGGUUCAUAAAGAAAAUGGGUUGGGAUGAGAAGCUAGUAAACGAAUCAUUCCCAUGGAUUGAGAAGCAAAUAGUUCACAAGCCUGUUGUUGCACCCUGGCAAAAAGCAUUCAGGGACAGUCUUCUAUCAGUGGGUGUUUCACCUUUCAAUGGUUUCACCUAUGAUCACAUCUAUGGAACCAAAGUUGGUGGAACCAUUUAUGACAGGUUCGGUCGCCGCCACACUGCUGCUGAGCUCCUAGCUACUGGGAACCCUCAGAAGCUCACUGUCUUGAUUCAUGCCACUGUCCAAAAAGUUGUUUUUGACACCACUCAAGGUAAGAGACCAAAAGUAGUGGGAGUGAUCUUCAAAGAUGAAAAUGGGAACCAACAUGAAGCAGUUCUUUCGGAAAACCCGGAUAGUGAAGUGAUAUUGUCAAGUGGAGCCAUUGGGACACCUCAAAUGCUAUUGUUGAGUGGUAUUGGUCCAAGAGAUGAGCUCAAGAAGAUGGAUAUUCCAGUGGUUCUUGAUAAUGGGUUUGUUGGAAAAGGCAUGGCUGAUAACCCCAUGAACUCAAUCUUUAUUCCUAGUAAAAGACCUGUUCGUCAGUCAUUGAUACAAACCGUUGGCAUAACUAAGUUCGGUGUCUACAUCGAAGCUAGCAGUGGAUUUGGUCAAUCACAGGACAGUAUUCAUUGCCAUCAUGGAAUCAUGUCAGCUGAGAUUGGACAACUAUCAACCAUUCCUCCAAAGCAGAGAACACCAGAAGCCAUUCAAGCUUACAUCAAGAACAAAAAAGACUUGCCCCUAGAGGCAUUCAGAGGAGGAUUCAUCUUAGAAAAGAUUGCUGAUCCUAUGUCAACUGGACAAAUCACUCUAAAGAGCACCAACGUCGAUGAGAACCCUUCUAUCACCUUCAACUACUUCAGCCAUCCACGCGACCUUCAACGCUGUGUCCAAGGCAUAAGAAUGGCUGUAAAAGUUGCUCAGUCAGAACACUUUGCUAACUACACUCAAUAUGACAAGCCAACAAUUGAGAAGGUGCUUAACAUGAGUGCCAAGGCCAAUGUCAACUUCGUACCUCGACAUACAAACGACGCCAAAUCCUUGGAGCAGUUCUGCAAAGACACUGUGAUCACCAUUUGGCAUUACCAUGGUGGUGCUCAUGUGGACAAGGUUGUUGAUGCCAAAUACAAAGUCCUUGGUGUUGACAGGCUUCGUGUCAUUGAUGGCUCCAUCUUUACUGAAUCUCCAGGGACUAAUCCUCAAGCUACUGUUAUGAUGAUGGGCAGGUACAUGGGAGUGAAGAUUUUGAGAGAGAGGCUGGGAAGAAGAGCUGGUAUAUAAUAAUAAUGAGGUUAAUCAAAAAGACUUAUUAGUUAGGAAAGGAGGAUGUUGUGAGUUUGUGUGAGGAGUGUUAGAUGAUUUUGUUGGAAAAAAAAGAAGUCUGUGUUUAAUUGAUGGUAUUCAUUUUGUUUGUUGAUGUAUUUUCUUAGCAAGCAAAAAUAUGUAAAAAUGGAGUGAAAACUUGCUUCGAACUGGUAAUUAGUCCCUGAGUCUGACUGAGUCCAUAUAGUCAGUGCCAGCCUUGUGGCCCUGGGCUAUGUGUUGUUUGGUAGAUACUAUUACUUUUUUUUUCUUUCUUUCUUUCUUUCUUUUUCAAGGUUCUUGAAUAUGAGAACUGAUAUUUGAGAGAUUAAUGUUCUUAAUUUCUAGUUAGGAAGUGAAGUUCUACAUGGGAUUCUAUAAGUUUCGAUGAUCUUGUUUGUAAUCUUUGAUCUAUUAUUUAUAUCUACUACUUUUUAUGCUGCCUAAUUACAAAAA